AUGGAUACCCCAAAUGUGAGAGAUGAUGAGGUAGUGAAUGAUAAUCAUGUUGUAUUGAUGGGGAAUGAUGAUGAUGAUGUGGUUUUAGAGCCAACACCGGAAAAUGAUGAUGAUGGUGUGCCGGGAAAUGAUGAUGAUGGGGUUUCAGAUCCAACGUCGGGAAAUGAUGAUGAUGGAGUUUUAGAACCAACACCAGGAAAUGAUGCUGAUGGGGUUUCAGAACCAACGCCGGGGAUGUUUUUUAAAACUGAGAAAGAACUCAUUUACUACUACAAGCAAUAUGGGAGACAGGCUGGAUUCGGCAUAAUGACCCAAAGAAGUAAAAGGGAAGAUGAUGGGAGUGUUAGAUAUGUAACACUUGGGUGUGCUCGUGGCGGUAAGGCAAGGAAACGUAUUACCAACAUUUCUAAACCACGCCCGACAACGAAGACUGAUUGUAAGGCGAGAAUUAAUGCAGUUUUGGCUGAUGGUGUUUUACGUAUAAUUACUGUCUGCAAUGCACAUAACCAUGGGUUAAGUCCACAAAAUGCAAGAUUUUUUAGAUGUAAUCGAGCAAUCGAUGAUUCUGUGAAGAGGCAGUUAGAUAUUAACGACAAGGCAGACAUAGGUAUGACCAAAAGUUUUAACGCAUUGGUUGUCGAGGCUGGUGGUUUUGAGAAACUUCCAUUUAUUGAAAAAGAUGCAAGGAAUUAUAUAGAUAAGGCUCGACACCUUAGACUUGGCAAAGGAGGUGCUGAUGCACUUCGUGGUUAUUUUGAGAGGAUGCAGUAUAAGAAUGAUGAGUUUUACUCAUCAAUGGAUUUGGAUGAUGAGGGUUUGAUAUCAAGUAAAAAUACUGAAACAUUUGUUUGGUUAUUUGACACUUGGUUGAAAUGUAUGGAUGAGAGGGCGCCAAAAGCUAUUAUCACUGAUAAAGACAGGGCCAUGAAAAAUGCUAUUGCAAUAGUCUUUCCAAAUACCCGGCAUAGAUACUGUUUGUGGCACAUAAUGAGAAAACUACCAGAGAAGUUGGGCUCACAUGCUGAAUUUAAGUGUGGGUUGAAAAGUGCAUUGCAGAGAUGUGUUUAUGAUUCUCAAACUUCUGACUAG